CAAACCCCACUCUUGAAGCUACACACCUGAUCAACAGCAAACAUCGUGAUAGCUUCAUUCUGACAUUCUGAACCCGACUUGAGAAAUUAUCUCACAAGAGAACCAACAACAAGAUUGAUUCAUACUCAAUUCUUCAAAACAAUGGCAGACAUACUCACUUCCCCACCACCCCCAGAAAACAAAGUCUACUUCCACUCCGGCUCAACACCCACCUACCGCCUUGUAACCCACACCUCAGCCCCCAUAACAGCCAUCCCAACCCUCGACAUCUCUCAAAUAUCCUCUCCCGACCCCUCAAUCCGGCUCUCCCUCGCCAAAGAACUGGUUUCUGCAUGCAGUAGUUGCGGAUUCUUCUACCUCACCGGUCACUCCCUAUCUCCCCAGCUCCAAACCAAGACAUUCGAUGUGAUGAAAAGAUUUUUCGACCUGAGUAUAGAAGAAAAGAUGGAUGUGCAUGUACAAAAGAAUCCCGCUAUACGGGGCUACGAACCACGGGGCGAGACGAAAUUAGAUCCUCGAACCUCUGGAGACAUCAAAGAAUCCUUCACCCUAGGCGACUGCCCCCUCGAACCCGAACAAUCCUACCAUCUCAAAACCGGCCACCCACCACCCCCCUCUCUCACAAGACCGCAAAACAUCUGGCCGUCCAGCGUGCCCUGGUUCCGAGCCGGAAUAUACGAGUACUACAACGCCAUCCUGCCCAUCGCUAUGCAGUUGGUGCGUUUACUCGCGCUUGGGAUGGGCGUCGAUGAGGAGGGGUUCGUGAGGGAGUUUUUUGAGUUCCCGAUUACGGGGAUGAGGCCGUUGCAUUAUCCGCCGGUGGAGGGGGAGGGAGAUGGGGAGGGGAAUGUGGGGUUGGGUGCUCAUUCUGAUUUUUCUUAUCUAACACUAGUGCUUCAAACACCAUCUCUUUCAGCCCUGGAAGUCCUGACUCCGACAGGACAGUGGAUAUCUGUGCCAGCGCUGCCGAACACGCUGGUAUGUAACGUGGGCCAGUACCUGGAGAGGCAAAGCAAUGGGCGGUUUCUGGCGGCUGUGCAUAGGGUGAGGAAUAAGAGUGGAGAGGAGAGGUACUCGUUGCCUUUUUUCUUGACGAUGGAUCAUGAUGCUGAUGUGGAGAUUUUGGUGAAGGACGGCGAGGAGAGGAAGUUUGAGGAUUUUAAUGUGGGGGAUUUGUAUAUUAGGAGGGUGUUGGCGGCGAGGGGGAAGCAUCCUACUAGUAUUAAGUAUAGGGAUGUGCUAGAGAGUGAGUGGAAGUAUGAUCUUUUGUUGGGAUGAGGGUUUCGGUGGGC